AUGCUCGAUAGAGCUUUGCCUCCUUCUCUGCUGUCGUUGAUUCUGGUUGUUUCACAAGCCGCUGCAUUUCCAUACGAUUUCAAGGACAACUACAGGAAACAGGCCCCGGCGCCUCAAGACGGCCCUCCUGCUUCAGCUCAAGCAUCCCGAGACCCGAAUCGUUUGCCAUACGACGUCGCAGGAGUCGUUGGCGGAUACGUCCUCACAGUACUUAUCUGGGGAGUCUUGCUCCUCACCAUCGGCAGAAAGAUGAGACGAAAGGCGCUCGAACCUCCAAAGGCUCUGGAGCUGGAGCUCCACAACAAUAAACCAAUACGGCCUUCAAUAAGGACAGCGCCUCUAGCUUCGCCAUCUCUUUCAGCUCGGUCUGCGACUUCGUGGUUGCGAAAAUUCAAGAAAAGCGACUCUGCAGUCCAGAGCCCCGUCAUUGGCUCGCCCACAUCCUUCGACCAGAAAGUCAUUGAUGACCACAACCAGCGCGCACAAGCAGAUAUGGAGCGCCUGUAUGCAGCUGUAAUGGACCACGAUGAGCAGAAACACGCCUCCACGGUCAGCGUUAACGAGAUGGAGCAAAGGCCCAUGGAGCAAAGACCAAGGACAAUGGAGCGAAGGCGACCUUCCGCCAUCAGCACAACCCGCUCUCAGCACAACGAGGACGACAGCCCAAUCUCACCAGUAAAGGCUAUCUACCCGCCCGACUACCAAAAUGGUCCCAUGACCGCGCCUAUGCCCCACGACCGCGUACGAGACCAAUACCCACCCCCCAGCCCCCGCAGCAUCGUCUCCAAGCGCUCACACCUUUCCGCCACAAACACCACAAGCAGCAAAAAUGCCCGCUUCAACCUCAAGAACCUGCGCAUCUCCGGGCCCAUCCAGAAAUACCCAGGCGUCGACUCCGACGACGAAGCCCACACUCCCCUCUCUCCCCGCUUCUACCAACCCGGCGCACCCCCCUCGCCCCCAACCCAGCAAAACAGCCCUACAUCUCCCUACGACGCCGCUGAAGAACUCGACCGUGUCCAGCCCCUCCCACUCCCCGCGCCUCACCGCGGUAGCGCGCGCUCCGCCAGCUCGCCAUCCUCGACCCUCCCCUUCCGCAGCUUCGCCGAGCCGCUGCAAUCCCCCGGCAUCCAGACAACGGUGCUCGAACCGACGGGCGUGCCGUUCACCCCGUACAGUCCGUAUAUGCCGUUCACGCCUAUCACGCCCGUCACGCCGCAUCUGGUGAGCAAGCGCGAUCGCAAGGCGGCGGCGAAGAUGGAGAAGGGCAGGAUGAAGGCGCUAAAGGAGGAUAUGGUACAGAGCCCCAAGGAGAUAUUUGGGGAUGCGUGGUGA